AUGGAUGAUAAGCCCGGUAUGGACGCUACCCAAAUUAGACUUUAUUUAUCUGAAUGUCGAGAAAUCGACGGGGAAUUCAACGUAGUUCUCAAUUCAGAGAAAGAUAAAAAGAAGAUCAGCGUCAAAUCGUUUAAUGAUCUACAGGCAAUCAGAAUCAGGUAUCAGGACCUAGUGGACGACCUGAUUGCGGAAAACAGUCUGCUAGUAGGCAGACUUAUGGAAGCAAGAACCCAUAAACCAUAUGUAGGAAUCAAGCAGCAAAAGGCGACUGCCCUAGCAGCCGAGUUGGCGAGUAAGCCAAAGAAACCAGCUAUGGCUGGUGCACCGGUAGCAGGAGGCUCCAAGCCUGCUAAGACAAUGACGUACGCCGAAAGAGUACGGUUCCGCGAACCAGCAACAACGGACACGGAAGCGACAGCUACGGAUCAGUUUACCGUUGUCAGAAGGAAGAAAAACAGGAAGCCAAAAAACAAGAAGCAACAUUUGACCUCAGGGACUGACUCUGGUACCGAGACCAGAUCUAAGGUCAAACCAGAUGUGAUCCAGAAGAAAGCAAAGGCCGAGAGGCUCAAGAAAAUAGAGCCACCCAAAACGUUCACUGUCGGAGUAGGUACCUCCACCGUAGGGGACGUUAAGAAGAUCUUAUGGUCGGAUCUUCUCAAAAAACUGGAUGCACCAAAUAUUGUAAGUACGCGAGUAAUGCCGAAGGGAGACCUCCAAAUCACACCGGCAAAUAAAGCGACUUACGAUGCACUGAAGAUAAUAUCGUCGGAGCGUACAGUCGUUGUGCAAAACACACUGCGCAAACCGAUGGUAAUGAUACACGAUGUCGACGUCACCCUAACAGGAGAGGUAUUAGCUUCCACACUCGCCAUACAAAACUCCGUACUUGGGCUAAGUUCAGAAGAAGCAAUAGAGGGAUUUAAACCGUCUUUCAAAAGAUGCCCGCCAAACAAAGAAACCGUACAUUGGGUAUGCUUGGUCAAACCCGAAGUUCUAAGCAAAAUCGUAGGGAAAAAAGUGUUUCUUGGAAUGUCCUGUUGCAGGAUUACUGAGUACUUCGAUUAUAAUCAGUGCUUCAAGUGUCUGCAAUACGGACAUAGGGAAAAGUUCUGUGUGUCGUUGUUCACCGCGUGUUACCACUGCGCGGAGAAAGGUCACACUGGUAAGGACUGCCCUAACAAAGAAAGACCGUCCAAAUGCAUCAACCGUAAAAAGUCGCACGAAGCAAUAUCACCUCUGUGUGCAGAGCGCACGAAGGCGAUCGAUAAUGUCAUGCGAAGGACGUCAUACGGUAUCCCGCAAUGACCAGCAACCAAGCACACAAACUUACGGAGUUAAGGAUCGUUCAGCACAAUCUGAACAAUCAACAUAUCGUCGUAGAACAAUUGAGGGACUACUGUAUAGACAACAGGGUUGAUAUAGCCUUAAUACAGGAGUUCCCAUCAAAGAACAGGACCAUUAAAGGAUUAGACCACGACCCAAUUAGAUGCAUUGUUGGUGGUACGGGACAAAAGCCCGGUGCCGCUAUCAUUGUGUUCAAUGUGGGUCUGGAGGUCACAGUGCUAAGAAAUCUGUCCAGUGAUUACUUUACGGUAAUAACAGUAAGCAUUGGCAGAGAAAUAAUCAACUUUGUUUCAUCAUACUUCAAAUUCAACAUUCGUCCGAACAGGAGAGGAGCCUUAGCCUUAGAGAGAAUCCAGGAAGUAUCGGCCAACAUUGAACAACAAAGAACGGAGCGUAGACCGGUAGAGGAGCCUUUCGGUUGGGCUGAAAUGGCUGGGCCAGCGUGCCAUUUGGCACGGGAAGCCCUAAACCGCUACCGGGAUCACAAGAAGAAUUCGAAACGGCAAGCACAAACAGAAUGGGAAAACAGGAGGAAUAAAGAUACAAAACCAUCACACUGGGACACCAAAAGGGACCAGGGUAGUGGACGAGUAGACACAUCAAAAAUACCUAUGAGGAAGAAUAAAGACGAUAACCCGGCGCUUAGACUCCUGGCCGAACAUCAGGACAGGCAAAAGGCAAAAAGGAUCAAGGAACUAAAAAAAUACGGGAUCGAUUUAUGUCCUUUGACUCGAACUCCUCGGAUCAGUCGUUCAUUUCUAUACCCAGCUCAACCGCAUCGUUCCAUUCAAUGGACAACCCAACAAGAGGCAAUUUUCGUCCCAACAUCAGGGCAGGAGCAUUAGCCUUAGAAAGAAUACAGGAAGUGUCGGCAGAUAUCGAACAGCAAAGAACGGACCGCAGACCGGUAGAGGAGCCCUUCGGAUGGGCUGAAAUGGCCGGGCCAGCGUGCAAAUUGGCACGGGAAGCCCUAAACCGAUACCGGGACCAUAAGAAGAACUCUAGACGGCACGAACACACACAAUGGGAAACCAGAAGGAACGAGGAUACGAAGCCAUCACACUGGGACGCUAAAAGGGACCAGGGUACUGGACGAGUGGAUACAUCUAAAAUACCGAUGAGGAAGUACAAAGACGACAACCCUGCGCUCAGACUUUUGGCUGAACAUCAGGAGAGGCAAAGGACGAAGAGGAUAAAGGAGUUGAAAAGAGAAGGGACCACGUCUUUUGAAUUUCCAGGUACACCGUUACCAGCAUAUGCGCCUAAGUACAAAAUACCCGAGGACAUAUAUGAGGAACUGGAAUUCAAACGGCUCAACGACAGAUUGUACACAGGAUACCACUCAGACCCCGAGGCAGCAAGGUUGAUGUGCCAACCUGGCAAGGCUUACCCCUCGCUGCCCCAAGAAGACUAUGAUUAUGUUCAGUUCGGUGGGAUCCGUAAAUGGGCCCAAGGCGCCGACGAACCCANUGGAAGCACGAACACACAAACCAUAUGUAGGAAUCAAGCAGCAAAAGGCGACUGCCCUAGCAGCCGAGUUGGCUAG